UCCAUGGCGACGAACGCGACGCACUCCGGCGGAUAUGUGGACCUUGACGUACAUAAUAUGUUCGGGUUGAUGGAGGAAAAGGCAACGAAUCUUGCUAUUCAAUCGAUCCUGCCCGGAAAGCGUCCAUUCCUGAUCAGCAGAUCAACCUUCCCCUCUGCUGGAAAAUGGACCGGUCAUUGGCUUGGGGAUAAUUACAGCAAGUGGCAGUACAUGCACCUCAACAUUCAGGGCGUGUUACAGUUCCAGAUCUACCAAAUUCCGAUGGUUGGUGCUGACACCUGUGGAUUCUACAACAACACCGACGAGGAAUUGUGCAAUCGUUGGAUGCAACUCUCGGCAUUCGUUCCCUUCUAUAGGAACCAUAACGCCAUCGGUGCUCUCUCUCAAGAGCCUUACCGCUGGGCAAGUGUAGCCAACGCAUCCCGCAUCGCCAUCGCUGUUAGAUACGCGCUACUGCCGUACUGGUAUACACUCUUUGCCAACGCCUCCAUGGCUGGUUUUCCGCCCGUCAAGGCGUUGUUUUACGAGUUCCCUGACGAGCCUGAACUGUUCGCCGUAGACAGGCAAUGGCUCGUUGGAAGCGACAUUCUCGUGACUCCAGUCUUGACUCCUGGAGCUACGACCGUCGAGGGUAUCUUCCCCGGCCGCGGAAGCGUAGUUUGGCGCGACUGGUACACACACGCCGUCGUCAAUGCAACAUCUGGAGGCAACACGACGCUGGACGCUCCCAUCAGUCACAUCAACGUCCAUAUUCGCGACAACUCCGCUCUAUUGUUGCACCAAGAGCCCGCGUACACCAUCUACCAGACUCGUGAGGGUCCCUAUUCACUCCUUGUGUCCCUCGAUGCAGCAGGUACAGCAUUCGGCACGGCUUAUGUGGACGAUGGGAUCAGUUUCCCUCCUGGGCCGAGUCGGAGCCUCACGUUCCAGGCUGCCGAAGGCAUACUCAAUAUUGAGAGCAAGGGUGAAUAUGUGAUUUUGCAGAAAUUGGAGACGAUCACUGUGCUUGGGGUGCAGAAACCUACCCAGGUGAAGUUUCAAGGAUCGUCGGCUGAAGGGUGGAUUUUUAAGGAGGCCACUGAAGAGCUGGUGGUGUCGAAUGUGUCUGUCGACCUUAAUGGACAGGUGACUUUGGCGUGGAGGUAGUUUUCUACCAUUUUUUUUGACCAUUGGAUAGAUCGCGCAGUGCGUGAUUGUAAAUACUUACCGUCGUUUUCGGAACCACCAAAAUUG